UUUUGAGUAAAUUAUUUCGCUACAACAAUCAUCUGCAUAUUGUAGCACAUUUAUAUGGGAAUAUAUAGAUGAUACAAAAUUAUAUGUGUAAAUGUUAUAUAAAAGUGGGCUAAGAACCAAACCUUGGGGAAGGCUUUUAAAAACUAUACGCUUUAACUUAGUACUAUUACCAUCUUUCUGAUCGAUGAAUAAUAUGUAUCUGCAGGAUAGUAAAUUGACGAUAAACGCCCAAAAUUAAUAAUGUAUCCUCAAUCUAAGUCUAAAUCUAAUCUUGGAUUGAUUCAUAUCUAAAGAUCGAUCUCCAAUCUGCAUGCCAAUAUAACACAUUUGCUACCCGAUUGUUUAUUCGACGAUAGAUUGCACGCAAUCUUUUGCGUGAUCCUUUCCUCUCGACCGCGUUUCGUUAAAUGCAAUAUGUUUGUUUAAGCAUACUAAAAGGUUGCUGUUUUUGGAAUAAGAUAAAAUAAGUAGGACUAUGUAUCUAUAGUAACAAAUAUUAUUGGCUGUAGCUACUGAUAAAAACGUUUAAGGUCUCUAUUUAUAUUAAUAAAUAUGAUAAUUUGUUUUUUGUGGUAAUAUAAUUUUAGUAAGGAACGGAACGUUUCAUUUUUGUGACAACUGACAAAUGUCAACCCAUGGCUUCAUGAAUCUUUGUGACCGCUAUUUUCUAAAAUCUAAAUAUUAGUGCGGUUUGUUUAACUACAAAUUAACAUAAUAUUAUAAAUUAUACAACUAUAAUCUCUGUCGUAAUGGAUGUUGAAACCCAUCCCGUUGACCCAGGAACCGUACAAUGGUAUUACUCUAUGUUGCUGUUUUUGGAUGACCAAGAAGAACCAAGGCGUUCACGCUCUAAUAUGGACGACGAAUCAACAGACAACGAGGAAAUUGAAAGUGAAGCAUCUCCAGCCGCCCAGUCAACUCCAGCCACGCAGUCAACUCAACAGUCACCUCCAGCCACACAAACAACUUCACAGUCAACUCCCGAUACUCAUUCAAUUACAAACACAUUGUUUAAUAGGAGUCGGCCAAAAAGUAAUGCAAAUGAAACCUAACUACUCAAGUUUUACAGUCUGUUCAAAACCAUUUUAAAAGGCCUGCAAUUACUAAUGAUCGAUUUGAUAUUUAUGGAGCAAACGUCGCAGCUAAGCUGAGAAACCUCACAAAACAUCAACGUAUUUUGGCCGAAUAAAUAAUUAACGAAACAUUAUUUCUGGCAGAGAUGGAAAAUUUGACUAUUUCACACCAAGUGAUGGAUUCAACCAGUGUGCGUUUUAAUAAUUAUGGUAACAACUUUCCCAGCCCCGUUGCACAUACUCCCAGCCCUGUAGGAAACAAUCCUAGCCCAGUACCUUAUCAGAAAUCAAAUUAUGAUUUCCAAACACAUCCAGGCUCCCAGUCAAUUCUCCAAACCCCAAUAAUGCAAACUUCUCAACAAGAUCAGUCCCAACAAGUGCAAAAUUCAGCGGCUACUUUUUUGUCUAAUUUUACUUAAUGUAUUAUCCACCAUCAUUAUAAGUACAAAUUAAUAAACAUUACAUUCUAAGUAA